GGAGCUCAGCAGCAUCAGCAGCAACAUCCUCAUCCUAACAUCGAUGCUGUGCACGAGCGCCGCCAGAAGAGACUGAUGUCUGUCUGUCUGAUACAAUGAAACACGCGCGUGCCGCGUUGUCUGAUACACACACGCGUUUAAAGAAGGACUGAAGGUUGUUCCUGUCAUGAUGUCUCGGUAUCAUCAGCGGUUCGAGCGGGAUUUGCGGAGCACGUGGGAGCGCAGAGACGCAUGUGCGGUGAAGAGCAGCUGUGCAGGAGCGGUUAACGGAUGCUUCUCUUCAGUCUCCAGCAUCAGUAACAAUCGUCCGGGUCUCCUCCCGCUGCCCGUCAUCCCCGCACUGCUGACCUCGCCCGUCACCUGCAGCACACCAAACACUGAUCCCACCUGCACCACCUCCAUCACCAAGGUCUCUGUUCAGCCGUCAGGAGAAACACAAACUCAGGGUCCCAUCCGCUGGGGACGGACGCCUGUUAACCAAUUCACACCCUGGGACACGGACGAGCCGCCUGCCAAACAGAUGAGAGAGAAAGAUAUCACAGCUGUGUAGCUGUGGCCUCCUCCGGCGGUCUGUCAGGCCGCGCUUCUGUCUCACGCGUAUGCUGUUCCACACGCUCCGGCAUACAGUCAGGGGACGAGUGUCCAAACACACAUCAUCCCCCCUCACCCGCAUAUGCCCCAUCAGUACCAGCUGCCACAGCAGACCUCACACACGCUCCUCAACGUCCAGAGCCAAACCCUGCCCGCCGUGCCCGCUGUCUGCCAGAUCACAAACCCCGUGGCCAACGGUCACCUCACACAUCCCAUGGUGCACUCUGCCACCACGAGCUCAUCGCCUCUGACCAACGGCCAGCAGAACCCUCGGGAGACGUCCGGCGGGCUGCAGAUGCUGAGAACGGUUGGAUCGGGGAAAUAUGAGUUCACGGACCGCUGGCACCCCAAAGAGAUGUUGAAGGAACUGAACCGGCAGCGGCGAGACAAAGAGUUUACAGACCUGAAAAUAAUUGUUGAAGGAAAAGAGUUUGAAGUCCAUCAAAAUGUUCUCGCUUCCUGCAGCUUGUAUUUCAAGGACGUGGUGAAAAGGUUAUGGGUGGAGAACAGAAGCGGUGAGAAGAUGGAGUUGACAUUGAGUAACAUCAGCGCUGAUGUUCUGGAGCUUCUGCUGGAGUUUGUUUACACCGGAUCUCUCAUUAUCGACUCGGCCAACGCCAAAACUCUACUGGAGGCCGCCAACAAGUUUCAGUUCAACACUUUCUGUAAAGUCUGUGUGUCUUUUCUUGAGAAACAGUUAACAGCCGCUAACUGUCUCGGGGUUCUGGCGAUGGCGGAGGCGAUGCAGUGCACAGAACUUCACAACAUGGCCAAAGCUUUCGCUCUUCAGAACUUCCCCGAGGUGGCCGCUCAAGACGAGAUCCUCAACAUUUCUAAAGAAGAUCUGAUGAGCUACAUGUCCAAUGACCGUCUGAACACUAAAGCUGAAGAGCUGGUGUAUGAGACCCUCAUCAAAUGGAUUAAAAAAGACCCCGACAGCAGAGUCCAGCACGUGUCUGAGCUGUUGGCUGUGGUUCGUCUUCCGUUUAUUCACCCGAGUUAUCUGUUGAAUGUUGUGGAUAAUGAAGAGUUGAUCAAAUCUUCAGAAGCAUGCAGAGAUCUGGUCAAUGAAGCCAAACGUUAUCACAUGCUGCCUCACGCCCGUCAGGACAUGCAGACGCCCAGAACUCGCCCUCGACUCUCCGCGGGAGUUGCGGAGGUGAUCGUGCUGGUUGGAGGUCGGCAGGGGGUCGGUAUGAACCAGCGUUCGCUGACAGCCGUCACUUGCUUUAACCCUCAGAACAACAAGUGGUACCCGCUGGCCAGUCUGCCUUUCUACAACCGCGAGUUCUUCUCCGUCAUAUCAGCGGGGGAUAAUAUUUACCUGUCAGGUGGCACAGAAUCUGGAGUGAUGCUGGCAGACGUCUGGUGUUACACGUCGCUGUUGGAUAACUGGAAUCUGGUGUCACGGAUGACGGUGCCGCGGUGUCGACACAACAGCGUGGUGUAUGACGGCAAACUUUACACCAUCGGUGGACUCGGAGUGUCUGGAAACCUGGAGAAUGUGGAAAGGUAUGACACCAUCACUAACCUGUGGGAGACGGUUUCUCCUCUGCCCAGAGCGGUUCAUUCAGCCGCAGCUACAGUGUGUGGAGGAAAGAUUUAUGUGUUUGGAGGAGUGAAUGAAACCAGUCGGUCUGCUGGAGUCCUGCAGUCAUAUCUGCCACAAAACAACACCUGGACCUUCAUUGAGUCACCCAUGAUCGAUAAUAAAUACGCUCCUGCUGUGACACUGAAUGGAUUUAUAUUUAUACUGGGAGGAGCGUAUGCGCGAGCGACCACCGUCUAUGACCCAGAGAAAGAAAACAUCAGAGCAGGACCCAACAUGAACCAUUCCAGACAAUUCUGCAGCGCCGUGGUUCUGGACGGGAAGAUUUAUGCGAGCGGUGGGAUGGUGAGCAGCGAGGGUCCGGCUCUGGGAAGCAUGGAGUCGUUUGAUCCCGGUGUGAACGCGUGGACGCUGCAGCAGAAUCUGCCCUGUCCUCUCUUCAGACACGGCAGUGUGGUCAUCAAGAAAUACAUUCAGAGCGGCUGAUCCUGAAACUCUCCCUCGUUUCACAUGAAUGUAGAAACGACAAACAGGCGUUCCUUCACCUGACGGAGCUCAAGCCUUAAUGCUCUGUGGCCAUCAAGAAAAAGCCUUUCGUCAUCUUUUGCCUCGUUUUAUUUUUCUGUGAAAGGACUCUGUCUGUCUGGCCCCGUUUGAUUUCAUCAUCUCGGUAUGGAAACGGUUUCACAUCUCUGUCUCACUUCUGUUUAAUAACACGACUUGCACAAGCGCAAAAACCUCAGUCGACCCUUGGCGAAGCUCCGCCCCCUCUUGGUUAGCGUCCUGUAGGAAUAAAUUGGAUGGUGCAAUACUCGGUACAGUUCGCUUCAUUUUAAUUUGACAUUUUUUUGAAUAAAAUUCUACGUUUUGCCUAAAUCAAUCUGUAAAUGAAGUGGGGUUUAUUGGGCUGGAAGAUUGAUUUAAAGACGAGGAAAAUAUCACACGUGUUCUCUCUGGUGUCAGUGUUUUGAUUCCUCUGACGUCAACAGUUUGGGGAAGGGUCGGUAAUAAUCGAAUGUUAUUUUGUUCCAUCGUUAUAUUGUUUGUAUAUUUGAAGAUGUUUCAGUGCCAGGAGGAACAGAACAAACUCUCAGCUUUCGCCAACAGCAUCUGUAAAACUUUUAAUUGGCAGCCUCACGCCUCUGAAGAAACUGAUGUGAAAUUUGUGGCUCGAGUUUCACACUUUUUUUUGCACACAGCCAAAGCACAAAUCGUCGGAGUUUCAGAGAGAAAACUGUUUGCCGUCAUUUUUUCUGCAUUGCCAAACGUGAAGACGGCACAACAGACGACACGCUGUCCGACUCUGUGUAUUACACUACAAAAGUUUAUUUUAGAAACCGUACAGAUUGUUUGUAUAGACACAUGAUGAAGAAUUGUAUUGUACAAAAUAAUAAUCAGAAGCUGUUGUUGUUGAAAUGAAUAAUAGGCCUUAUUCACUCACUGGAAUAAUAAUACGUAUGCAAAAAUACAUUCAUAAUGACAGCGGCGUUUGUCUCGCAUUGCUUAUUUGUUUAUCACAUCAGGGAGCAUCAUUUAUUUUAUAAUAACAGAAGUUAUUCCUGCGACACUGUUCCACAACAUAACAAGCAAAUGAUGUUUUAUCUCAGUUGAAAUAAAACUCGUCCCAGAACACCCUAGCAACCAUGAACCCAUGCCCUGGCAACAGAGCCGAUCCUUCCUAAACGCAGACUACGCGGGUUGCGUAGGGCCUCUGCACCACCAGGGGGCCCCCUUGAGUAUCGAAGCAAAAACACUAUAGUAAUGUAAACAAGACGCUAUUUUUGUGGAUUCAACUUUACAGGAAUCAUUUUUAAUGCUUAAUUCAUUUAAUUACUUUCCUCAGUCUCGGACAUCAUGUAGUGCGCGGCAGGUGAUGGCAUGCGCGUGAUGUGAUGAUGCGUCUUUACGUAUGGCCAUGGGCAUGGCUUUAAAACGGAGCAAACAACGCGAAUCAAAAGAACAAGGCGGCGUGUGUUUUUGUACUAUUUUCAAAGUCUUUUUUAGUUUUGCCAAAUUACGCAAGUACAGAUUUACAAAUUCAGUAGUUAUCCACUGGCAUAAAGAUGGUCUGACGUUGGACACUCGAUAGUCUGAAUUCAGGGAGCGUCUCCAAAGUUACAUAGGCUACACUUUAAUAUACACGUUUGCUUAGCUUUCUUGAGUAAACUAUAUUUAUCAGGUUUUAUUUUUGUUAAUCACUCAUUUGGUUAGAAACUAGUUUUUUUGACAGCUGUGUUAAUUGAUUUAUUAUUUCUUACAGUUUACAGUUAUGUUUAUCUAAAUUUAACUAUGACAAGGGCCCCCAGAUGUCUAGGAUCGGCACUGCCUGGCAACCACUCGCGAUCGCAUCGUGUCAUUGAGUUUGUAUAAAUGCAGCAUUCAGGAACUUUUAACUGGUACAUGUUGACAUGAGAACAUUAGAGGUGAAGGUGUUUUUCUGAUUAUAUUAUACGUGUGUUACGAUGAUGAUAUGAUCUUGGCUCGUGCCCUCAAGCUGUCACGCCGCAUGAAAACAACUGGCCGUUGGCUUUGUGCCGUCUUCCCGUCCAAUGUUUACUGAUGUGGAACGGUUGAUUUUCUCCUCCAGCUGUCUAAAUGAAAUUAAAGAGAGUCCUGCACCUGUCCACCUCCAUCUCUUGCCAUGAGCCGGUGGGCUUCUCUCCUUCAGAUCAAACACAAGCACCUCAUCCAUCAGAGAUGCCUUCUGGUCUCAUAUCCGCUGGCUGGGUUCAUUCACCACACACUGGCUUUUCAUGGAUCUUUGUUUGGAAGAUGUGUUAAUGUGUUCUGAUGAGUCUGAAAUGAAUCCUAAAAGUGACUUUUAACAAACACUUGUGUUCUUUGGGUGGAAAUCUGAUGAUGUGACCUCAAACUCAAAUGUUUGACAUGAUUUUAUUCCUCUGUUAGACAGUUUCAAUAUCGUGUUCCUACAGUUUAAACUCAACACUGUUCUUUUUUUUUGUUAUUUCACCAGGAUAGUCCCAUUGAGAUGUAAAUCUCUUCUUUCAGGGAGUCCUGGCCAAAAUGGCAGCACAAAAAGUUACACAUAAAACAACUUCAGACACCUCAAACAUUCAGUCCAUACAAGAAAUCAAAGAAGUUCAUUAAAAACAUUCACAUGGUUCCUUAACGUCGUCCAUAAAAUGUAUAUUUUUAAAUAGUCAGCUAAGAGAGUUGUUCCAGCAUUAAGAUGCGC